AUGGUGAAAUUCAGUAGAAAGUUAAAAAAAUUGAAACAAGUAUUGAAGAAGUGGAAUAAGGAGGUCUUCGGUAAAGUGGAAGUAGAUCUUAAAGUCAUUGAAGAGGAGCUUCUUGAGUUGGAGAAUAAUGUUCAGCAAAAUUAUAUUCAAGAAAUGGAAGUUGAGCUUUUGAGAUGCAAGCAAAAGCAUAUCCAAUAUUUGCAUAGAGAGGAGAUUAUGGGGUGUCAAAAAUCCAGAGUUAAGUGGAUUUGUGAAGGUGAUGAUAACACGGCUUUCUUUCAUGCCUCUCUUAGAUGUAAAAAGAAAUUUAAGACUUUAGAGAGUAUGAUUCUCGAAGAUGGUAGUGUUUUUGAUUCCGGUGAAGCAGUCCUUGAGGAGGCUAUUGAUUUCUUCCAGCAGCAGUUAACCACGUCGCCAGUGUCUUUUGAGGAGCCUGGUAUGAAUCUCAUAACUUCUAUUAUUACUGAGGCUGAUAAUCGGUUUCUUUGUAGAGUUCCAGAUUUGAUGGAGGUUAAAGAGGCGCUUUGGUUGAUCCCACAAGAUAGUAGUCUGGGACCUGAUGGUUUUUUUACUAGUUUUUUCCAUCAUGCCUGGGAUAUUAUCAAAGAAGAUUUAUUGAUGUUGGUGAUUGAAUUCUUUGAGGGGAAGCCUUUAACCACUUUCUUUGGUGCUACCAAUAUUGUGUUGAUACCGAAAGUGGAUGAACCAAGGGGUUUUUCGUAA